GUCCCACCAUACCAGUGGUAUGACCUUGGGGAAAUUAUUUAAUCUCUCUAAGGUCCAAUAUCCUCAUUAGUCAAGGAGAGUUCAGAGUCCGCAUUAGACCAUAGGAUCCAUGAGGACAUCAGUGUUUUGUUCACUACUGAACCCUAAGGCCUGAGGCACAGUAGGCCUACAAUAAAUAUUUGUCAAGUGGCUAAAUUAACAACUUCAUAAGGAUUCACCAAUUUCACCUUCAGGUGGAUGGAGAGGUGGAUGAAGAAAUGGCUGGAGAGAUGGAUGGAAGGAUAAUCAACAUCUUCAUAAGAAUUCACGAAUUCCACCUUCAAAUGGAAACAAAUGUCUGGGUGCAUAACCCUCUUCCAAAGCCCCGACGAAGGCUGGCAGCUGUACACGUCGGCCCAGGCGCCCGACGGGAAAUGCAUCUGCACGGCUGUGAUCCCCGCGCAGAGCAGCUGCUCCCGCGACGGCCGGAGUCGGGAGCUGCGGCAGCUGAUGGAGAAGGUCCAGAACGCCUCCCAGGCCAUGGAGGUGCUUGAGUUGCGGACGUACCGUGACCUCCAGUACGUGCGCAGCAUGGAGACCCUCAUGCGGAGCCUGGACGCGCGGCUCCGGGCGGCUGAUGGGUCCCUCUCCGCCAAGAGCUUCCAGGAGCUGAGGGACAGGAUGACGGAGCUGCUGCCCCUGAGCUCGGUCCUGGAGCAGUACAAGGCGGACACGCGGACCAUCGUGCGCCUGCGGGAAGAGGUGAGGAAUCUCUCCGGCAGCCUCGCCGCCAUCCAAGAGGAGAUGGGCGCCUACGGGUACGAGGACCUGCAGCAGCGCGUGAUGGCACUGGAGGCCCGGCUCCACGCCUGCGCCCAGAAGCUGGGCUGUGGGAAGCUGACUGGGGUCAGUAACCCCAUCACUAUCCGGGCCAUGGGGUCCCGCUUCGGCUCCUGGAUGACCGACACGAUGGCCCCCAGUGCGGACAGCCGGGUCUGGUACAUGGAUGGCUAUUACAAGGGCCGGCGGGUGCUGGAGUUCCGCACCCUGGGAGACUUCAUCAAAGGCCAGAACUUUAUCCAGCACCUGCUGCCCCAGCCGUGGGCGGGCACAGGCCACGUGGUCUACAAUGGCUCCCUCUUCUACAACAAGUACCAGAGCAACGUGGUGGUCAAGUACCACUUCCGCUCGCGCUCCGUGCUGGUGCAGAGGAGCCUCCCGGGGGCCGGCUACAACAACACCUUCCCCUACUCCUGGGGCGGCUUCUCCGACAUGGACUUCAUGGUGGACGAGAGCGGGCUCUGGGCCGUCUACACCACCAACCAGAACGCGGGCAACAUCGUGGUCAGCCGGCUGGACCCGCUCACCCUCGAGGUCGUGCGGUCCUGGGACACUGGUUACCCCAAGCGCAGCGCGGGCGAGGCCUUCAUGAUCUGUGGCGUGCUUUAUGUCACCAACUCCCACCUGGCCGGGGCCAAGGUCUACUUCGCCUACUUCACCAACACGUCCAGUUACGAGUACACGGACGUGCCCUUCCACAAUCAGUACUCCCACAUCUCCAUGCUGGAUUACAACCCCCGGGAGCGGGCCCUGUACACCUGGAACAACGGCCACCAGGUGCUCUACAAUGUCACCCUCUUCCACGUCAUCAGCACCGCUGGGGACCCCUAGGGGCUGCCACGCCAGGGCCACCGGGGGCCCCUUCUACUCCGCCUGUGUCCCUUCAAGGUUCUCUUUGUCUGUGUCCUGCCCUCUCUCUCUCCCCUCCUUCCUGCCCAGCUUUCCUUCUCUGCCUAUUUCUAUCGGUGUAUUUUCUCAAUGUUGUCUCUUCUCCUUUAUUGAUCUCUGAUUUUGAUAACGCGACUUCUUUCUCGUUCUUUUUAUGGCUGUCCCUCUGUCUCUUUUUAUUGAUCUGACUCUCCAGUCCCUUUCCCUGUCUCUGCCUCUCUGUCUGUCUGUCCAUCUCCGCCCUCCCUCCCCUCCCUUGUUGCUUCCCAUCCAGUCUCCUUUCCUCUCUCUGCACCCUCCCUGCUUCCCUUCCAAGGAGUUGAGUGCAUGGAUCUGUUUCUUUUUUUUAUUUACACCCUUUCUUUCCGGGUUGCCGGAAUAAACGGGACCUUGGACAUUU